GUAUGUCGGUCCUGUCAAAGUUGCAGAAAACAAAUUGAUUUGCCCUCAAGAUGUGGUCCCCCCUUGAAACGACUCCGUCGCUCUAAACCACCCCAAACCGCCACCAAAAUGAAUCUCCACCAAAUCGUGAGCGGCGCUUGCAACGCCGGCGACAAAUGCUUCGCAGUAGGCAGCGUCGAGGGAGUUCCCUUCACGGCCUACGCCGCCGGGUGCAACAUCGUGAUCCUCGCCUCCACGUUCGAGCGGGUCCAGAUCAUUCCAGGCGCUGUGCAUGACUACAUCCGGAUCAGCUCGAUUGACUGUUCGAGCGACACGGGUAAAAUCGCAGCCGCUUAUGACAACACGGUGUGCAUCUACGAGCCGACUCCUCUCAUACAUAACACUUCGCGGCAUGGCUUGGACUACAGGUGGGUCCAGACGGGCACUUUGAAGACGGAUUCGUCCAUCAAGGCGCUGAGCUGGAAUUUGGAAGGCACGCGGUUGUUGACUGCGGGGGCGCACGUGCAGCUGUGGCACCUGAAUUCGCAGCCGGUGGAGGAGACCCCGAAUGUCACUUUCACGUUGGGCGGGGGCGAGAAUGCGGAUGGGUCGGAUUCGAUGGAUUAUUUGGAGGAGCCGGAUAAGCCACAAGAACAAGAACAAACUUGUUGGCAAUGCGUCUGGAAAGCAAGCACCGCUAUCCCAGUCCAACACUUGGCUUUCAGUCCCGAUGGAACCUUAUUUGCAACAUGUGGCGAGAACGACAGACUAGUCAAAAUUUGGUACGAAAACAAACACUUUCUAUUUACGUCCAAAAGUACCGACGGCCCCAGCGAACUCGACUAUGGUUUCGUCUACAUCGCGCAUCCGCGCGCUGUCACCCAUUUAUCCUGGCGAACAACCAGCAAAUACAUGCCAAAAGGCUCAGUCUCAAACAUGCUCGUCACAUCCUGCAAGGACAACAUCUGCCGCCUGUGGGUCGAAACGGUGUUACCAGAAGACGGGUUAGUUAAUUUGUCGCAACUGGACCCACAAGCUCACCACCCCAAGUUCCGGACGCACCGCCACAAGCAUAGAUUCAUGCAAAGACUGAAACACAUGAAAACAUGUUUCCAUAUUCGGCGCCACGCUAAGCGACAAGCCCAAGGAGUGGGGGGUCCUUCGCCCCCUAUACCCACCUUACCGUCUACAUACAGCGUGCACGACUUCCAUUCCUACGGUUACCACGGCACAGGUGUCACCCCAGGCCUCCAUUUCCACCUCGCGGCCUCUGUCAACGCCGAAACCGAUAUUCCUCUCGUACCCAGUAUUAGCUUCUGCAACCCUCGCCCGGCUUUCGUUUUACACUGGCUGGACAACAAAGAAAUGCACUUCAGCAUGCAAGCCGAGUCGCUUCUCGAAGAACUGACGAGGAGGGUCGUCGAACACCCGGAAGGUAUAGAACCCAGCGAGGAACCUCUGAUGGAGACCGGCGGCCCUGAUAGUUUGGACGCGCGAAUCGAAACACUCUUGAGGGACUGGCACCACAGCCCUGAUUUACUCUUCAGUAUACACCCAGUAGAUGGCAGCUUUCUCAUCUGGGUUGUGGAGUGGCUCGACGAGUACCACCCGGGGUCGUUCCGCCAAGCCCAGGUCUCUUUCUCCACCCGCAUCCCGUCUGCGUUCCCCUUGGGCGAUUCCAUGAGCAUGUCCACCACGGUCAGUCUCUACAGUGCCGCCCCCAUCAUCAAACACCUAGUUAAAGACGCCGCCCACCGGGACGGACCAGGGGUUAGUCUGGCCAGUGUUAAAGAAGAAGAUGAGAGUAACCCCAACGCUGAAGUUCAACAACCACAAGACGAACAAAACGAGGAGUCCGUGGUGGUUUCUCUAGUCACUAAGCACGACAACGGAACGCUCAACUUGUGGGAGCUGACGUUCGCGGACCAAAGCAAGUUUAGUCAGGUUUUAAGUAUAGGACACAGGAGUAGGGCGUCCGGGCACCGAUUCCGGGUCAACGAUAUAACGUGCCAUCCGGUUUUGCCGCUCCUACUAACCACCAGUCAUCACAAUAUUAUCGAACAAAACAAGAACCAAAGCAGGGGUUUCUGCAGCGAACUGAUUUUAUGGAAGGUAGAUGCUGUUGGUCCCUUAUCUAAGUCUGGGGGUAUAUGUGAACUGGCACGGAUUAGUUCACCUGAGCCGUCAGCGUUUAGUAACGUGGCGUGGAUUCCGACGCUUCUCCCGUCGAGCACCUUGGGGAACUUCUCCAAUUCACCUAGUGCGUGCUUCGUAGCCUCAGACGGGGAGUGUCUAAGAGUCUACCAAGCAGUCAUAGACGCACGAACUCUUCUAGCCGACUUGUCGUUCAAAGAGCGCCGAGAAGUCGACGAAAACGACAGUAUUUCAGACUUAUCCUCCUACAACCAGGAGAGUCUCCUGGAGAAUAUUAACAUCGUGUCUCAACAGAGCACGGCCCGACCUGGCUGCAUAAUCCAACUCGAGACGAUCUCCCAGGCCAUCCAAUGGCAAAACACCACGUUCCUCCACGUCUACCAGGAGCAACUAAUCACGGGUCAGCGCAGCUCCCCGGUCAAUCUCUCCGAGCAUGACGCAAUGGUCGACCUCCAGCAAAACGCAGUCUUUGAAGAACCCUUCUACAUCGUCCUGUUAGAUUGCACUGACCAAAACACCAUAAUCCACAUGUGGAAACUCACCAUAGCCUCCAACGAAGCCGACUUUUCGCUCACCGGGAGCCAAAUGUACGUCCCGGAUUGUAACUUAGUCCAAGACGAGAACGACAUUUCUCGCAAAAACAGCAUGGAGUCGCUGCAUAUCAAACAAACUAAAGUUAGUCCCCAUAUUAAUAUAACCGUGACGAGGGAAGUCAAGCAGGUGCUACCCGUGCCGGAUGGGGUGGAAAUCGUGCAUGCGGCUCCCGCCGCCGGGCAUUUGAGCUCAGCGUCCAUUUAUCCGGCGUGCUUGGCGCCGUAUUGCUUCGCCACGGCUUGCAGCGACGGGGUGAUCAGGUUUUGGACGGUCACUAUGAACGCUAGCCAGGUGAAAAGCAUGAGGGAGUACCUUUUGGAGGAGGACGGCGAGGUGGUCAACACGGGGAAGAUGUGGACCGAGUGGAACAUGCUGAAGGAGUCCGCAAUCGAGAUCGAGGGCCAAGUCCUCAACAUCAGCGUCGCCUACUCCGGUCGCUUAGCUUGCGCCUACAAGUACGGCAAGAGCUUCACCCGCCCCAACAAAAACGACCCGGAUUCGCGCUUCAUCAACUUAUGCGUAGCGAUAUACGAGUGCGAGUCGACAGGCGGGACCGAGUGGCUCCUCGAGGACAUCAUCCACCUGAAAAACAUCCACCUACCAAGAAUAAACAUCGACAGACACUUGGAUCUUAGUUACUUGUACGAUUCGCGCACUUUGAAGAAGAAACAAAGAAUAAACGAAGUGUUGCACACCUUUUCGAACGACGAUAGACAGACAUUGAGUGCCGAGUCGCACAUUAAGCCGACUUUAUUGGCAGUUCCGAGUUUCACGACCUUGCAGUCACUGCGCAAGUCGAUCUCAGAGAUGGGGAAUAUAUGUCCACUGACGCAGAAACACUUGGUUCAGUUGGAUUGGGUGUCGAAUGAGGAUGGUUCACACAUACUUACCGUAGCUUGCGGGAGCAAAAUCAUGCUGUAUACCCCUUUGUCGACGGAUUUGGCGCAAGCUAACGUCAAAGCUAUGAAAGAGUCGGUUAAUAAUUACAGACCUAUUCUGCGUAAGGCGAGUUCGUUGGCGCAGCCGCUCUUCGUCGACGAUUUUAAAUGGAUGACGUUGCGCAAAAUCGAGUUACAAACGGCUGAUGGGCUGCCAGCUCUCCCAAUGCAGAUUAGUUGGGUCCGCGAUGGUAUUUUAGUGGUCGGGAUGGAUUCGGAAAUGCACGUGUACACACAAUGGAGACCCCAAAACCAAACUACUACCGCUAUGGAAAUAAGUGAGCCGGAUGGUAAGACGCUACGGGAUGUAGAUUUCCGGACUCUCACUCAAGAGAACCAAAGGAAACUAGCGGCCAUUCCGACUCUUGGAAGGAUUAGUAGUGUUAAUUUGCAGAUAUUGGAUCGAAAACGGGCUAACAAAGACUCCAAUAUUGACUACAUGCCGGACUAUGGGUUGUUCGAGGCGUCACGAAUCGCGUGUCCUGUGUUACCCCAAUACCACCCGAAGCAACUAAUGGAGUUGCUCAAUUCUGGGAAGAUUCGUUGGGUGAAGGCGAUUUUAGCCCAUUUGGUUAAGUGUAUUGGGGGUAAUCAAGAGACACCCGAAGACAUGCAAGGGUGGGCAAGAGCUAGGACUCUGUCGGUGAGUUACCCAGCGGGCAGUCCUGAACACAGAGCGAGUAUUGGGGAAAUCGCCUUGGACUAUGACGAAAUCAACAAUAUUCCUCCUUUGCCACUCUGGACGCUCCUGGCAGCCGAUAAAGAACAGUUCGUGCAACAAGAAGAAGAGAAAGAUUACAACGAGCUGUUCGACAAUAGUGUGGUGAUGGAAGAAUCGCUUGACACACUUCUGGAAGACAAGGAGAUCUCCAGAAUGGAUCGACGACAAUCGGAGCGUAAUGUUGGAAUUACACACUUCACUCCCAAGCAAGGUCGAGUUCUAUCGCGGCUUUUAACCCAUAUGCACCUACCAGGGUUGUCAAGUCUAGACCAAAUGCACUUACUAGCUUUAGCGGACACAGUGUCCACCUGUAAUACCGAUUUAGCGGAAAGGUUCGCCAUAGAUUCAGCCAAGUCGGCUAUGGCUAAAGAAAACUUAGUCGGACAGUCGGACGAAGUCAUCACCGACAGUCUCGACGACUGCGGACUCCGAUUCUUACUCGCAAUGAAGCACUACGGUUACCUUCUACGGUGCCUCCCGCUAGCCCAACGAACCCAUUUCCAGAAACAAGGCGUAGGUACCAAUAAUCUAGCCUGGGCCUACCAUUCCGAAAGCCAGGAAGAACUGCUCAACUUGAUUCCGAGCUAUGCAAAAGGCGAACCCACCUGGCCCCACCUUCGUGAACUAGGUGUAGGCUGGUGGAUUCGCAACCUCGGCAUGUUGAAGCAGGCGGUCCAAGUCCUAGCCAAAGCCGCCUACCAAGUCAAGCAAGACCCAAUGGACGCCGCCUUGUAUUAUUUAGCCAUGAACAAGAAAAGUCUGCUUUGGGGGCUUUAUAGGUCGAAGCGCGACCAAAAGAUGACCCAAUUCUUCGCCAAUAAUUUCUCGGAAGACCGGUGGCGCAAAGCUGCGCUUAAAAACGCGUACGCUUUAUUGGGCAAGCAGCGGUUUGACCACGCCGCCGCCUUUUUCCUAUUGGCCGGUAAUUUGAAGGACGCAACUGAGGUGUGUCUGCAGAAGCUACAAGACUUGCAAUUGGCUAUCAUUAUCGUGCGGUUGUACGAAGGGGACGGCGAUAGUUUUAAGAAGUUGUUGUACCAGGAGAUUCUAGGUUGCGAUGCAGAUGGGUCGAACCAAGAUAUUACGAAGGCGCACCCUGAUCCCUUUUUGCGCUCGAUGGCCUUUUGGUCUCUGAAGGAACACCAGGCUGCUUUGAGUACGUUGUUGAUCGGGAAUGCCGGGACUCAGCACUCGGCUCAUGAGGACGAAGCAAGGGAGACUAAAGAGGCCGACCCUAACGUUUUUAACUUUUAUGUGUAUUUGAGGACCCAUCCGCUGCUGGUGAGACAGCAUAUGGCGAGUUCGGGACACCGGAAGGUGUGGCUUCCAGGAGGGAAACAAGUGGUGGUGGAGGAGUCCAUCACUCCUUUAGAGAGACAGCUGUAUUUUGCGACGGCUCAUGGUCAUUUUCGAGCCGGGUGUCCAGCCCUGGCUUUGGAGGUCUUGUCCAAACUACCUUAUAUCGUUGCGGAUAAUAAACAAGCGACACCUUGUAAGUACCUAGUUACACUAUGGUGUUCUAGGUUAGUAAAUUUUGUUGUAGUGGUAUCACCAAGACAGAACGAAAAGUCCGAGAUUAAUACCGGGAUGAUCUCCUGGGAUAGCAAACCGGACGUGGGGCAAUCAGCCGGUGAUUUUGAUUGGGGUACCACCACUACCGAUUUUAAGACGAAAACAGACGAUUUAGAGUUGAAGUGGAGCGACGAUGAAGACGAUAAAGAGUCGGAAGAGUCCGACGAAGGAAUAAAGAUGAAGUGCGACAGUAAAGACGAAGAUGAAGAGGUUGAAGAACCUCCGGGUCAACACAUUGAUAUUAUGGCCCAACAGUUGAAGUUUGUCGCUUGUUUGAAAAUUCUCAUGGAGGAGUUGAGCACAUUGGCGACUGGAUUCGAAGUGGACGGUGGCCAAUUACGGUACCAACUGUACAUUUGGUUGGAAAAAGAAGUAGAAGCGUUACGACAACUAUGUAAUUACGCUACCACUGAUAUUGUCGAGCCGCUAGAACUAGAAGCAGCACCCGAAAUGGAAAAUGCAGCCUGUGAAGCCGGUACUAGACCCACCCUUCACGAAAUUCUAGUCCAGGAGAAACUGGACUUUGAAGCCAAAGUACAAAGGGCUGCUAAAAGAAAGCGUUGGCUUAGAGCCAAUGAAAUCCUUCUGCGCACUCUACUCAGCUACUGUUCCUUGCACGGAGCCACCGGCGGUCUAGCCUCAGUCCGAAUGGAACUAGUCCUUUUGUUACAAGAACUCCAACAAGAAAAAACCCAUCAACAACUUCUAAGUCCUCUACCUUUCCCCACAAGCUUACCUCUUCUAGCCGCUAGUGUCGCUAGUAGUAAAACCGUGAUCGCAGACCCCAUCAGAUACCUCCAGUGUUUAAUCCACGACAUGCUCCAAACCAUGGUGGAGUUGCCAAAACCUAACACUUCGCAAAACCAACUUCUAGUGUUGAGAGACUUGGCAAUAGCGCUUUCAGCUUGCAUCUACCAAUCACUGUGCGACUCCGACACCUUCAAGAGUAACUUACCCGAAACCCAAGAUCUUUGUUCGACGCAUCUAGUUGGCAGACGCAGACGCAUGUCCAUUAACGAUGGCCAACAAAUUAUCACUUUUCCGCCUAAGUGGCCUGGAGUUACGAGUCUCCGGGCUUUGUUAGCGCGCGAAAAAGACGAAGACACUCCGCGACUUACGGUUGUGUUGUGUGAGGCGUUUACGGCUACGUAUCUGGCGCUGGUGCUGUAUGGACUCAGUACUUGCGAUUGCGUGAUACUUUUCCACGUUACGGGGCAUGUUUUCAACACGGAUGUAUGGGGACGCUUGUUUGGUGGCGGAAUCAAGAAAUUGCUCAGAACUGCCAGCAUUACCGGAAAUCAAGCCAGUUCUCAAAACCAGGGAACUCAAAGUGCUCAAGGUACACCGACUGAAGAGAUUUCGGGACCUACCAAUUGGUUGAAUAAGCAAAGAGUGAAACUGAACACGAAGUUACUAGGACAUCAGCCGUCGCAAAUGAAGGAGGAUAAGCCGACGUAUAGGGAACAGUUCGUGCCACCUGAAAUGAGCAUUUUAGCGUUCCUGUUAACCAAACCCAUCGCCGGCCCCGACUGUGACGAAGUCUCCAGCGACUCCGAGAGCGAAGACGAGGACGUUUUUGACAUGCCAGCUCCCACAGUACGGACUGUCAACAACGAACAUUCAGACCCGAACUCGUACUCCUGGUUGGUGCUAAAACUGGCAACAUUGAAGAUAGUACAAACACGAAUGAACGAAUUUUUAUCGGUGGCUGGCCUGGAAAUGAACGAACUCCCAGUAGCGAGCCCCCUAAUCCACGCCUGCUUACGUCGCCUGACCAACUGGCAAGACAGCCUUAAGAAAGAACUAGAUUGUAGACAAGCCCCACCUGAAUAUAUCCCGGGGUGUUUCGUCGAGAACACCACAGGUCCACCUAUCCAAAAAUACCGCCAACUCCUCGAGCCCCACAACACUCCAUUUAGUAACAAGAGCUCAGCGAGCACCGCUCGCCGCCUCUGGACCUACUUAGUCCACCAAGAGGCGGUCCAGGACAUCUUCAUCCGAGCCGUGUUCGGCAAGCGCCGCUCUCUGAGCGCCCUCGAGGAAGAGCUCCCCCACCCCGAGCCGGCGGCCCCCGAGCCCGUCCGCAUAAUCCACAAAGAGCAGGACUCCAUAGCCGCUUUCAGCCUCAACCAAGUGAGCUCCGGCUUGAUCGUGGUGGCGACGCCUCGAGAAAUCCAAGAGAUGGACAUCUCGCUGCUGCUGGAGCUGCCGGCGUGGCUCGAGGACGAGUGCGAGCUCGACAUCCUAAACCUGACCAAGGAGGUGCCGGAUCCGAGCGUUCCGCCCUUCCUGGUGAUCCAGAGCGCCGGCGACAAGGGCAAAGAGACCCAGCCGGGGAGUCCGCAGCCCGGGAUCGCCAGCCAGAGCGGGCGUGGCGCCAGCGUGAUGAAGGGGCUAAGCUUCCCGGGCUGUCACGAUGCCAAUUUUGUCCAUCUCGUUCUGCUUCGGUCGGCGCACAUGCUUCGACCGGUGUUAAAACAUAAAAUUGACGGAGUUAGAAGAAUCAGCGCCCAUCCUUUACUUCCACUUUAUUUAACCGGCGGCCAAGAUGGCUCAGUACAGUUGUGGGAGUGGGGCCACCAGCAACCCGUCGCCACCCCCAGACCCCCGGGUACCUACGCAAAGGUCACCAGGGUGAGGUUCUCUCAACACGGGAACAAAUUCGGCGUCGCCGACUCGGAUGGAAACUUGAGCUUGUUCCAAGUGGGACUCAGCGCCAACGCGACCAGACCAUUCUUCACGUUGCAAUGCCACAACAAAGGCAUAAGCGACUUCGUUUUCCUGGGGUCCUGCAGUCUGCUGGCCACUGCUGGACACAGCUCCGAGAGCAAGAACGUGUGCAUCUGGGACUCGAUUUUGCCCCAUGGGAAGGCCUUGGUGGUGGCAUUCACGUGCCACGACCAGGGUGCCAGCAGCUUAGUCUUCGCACCACAGCACCAGCUGCUGAUUUCUGCUGGAAAACGCGGCGACGUGUGUCUGGUGGACGUCCGGUCCAAGACGGUCCGACACAAAUUCACGGCCCAUGAAAGCGCCGUCAAGUGCAUAGCGAUUGACCCCCACGAGGAGUACUUCGCUACGGGGUCGGCCGACGGCGAUAUCAAGAUCUGGGCCAUUGCUCUCCCCAACAUCCUGCUGUCGCUCCCGACCGAGCACGCCAGGAGCAGCUUCUUCAAGAACAUAGGGCAGGGAGUGACUCAGCUCCACAUCGACUCGCACGCUCGGUUGUUCUCGUGCGGGGCCGACGGGAGUAUGAAGGUCCGCCAGCUGCCGGAUCGGGAGACCUUGCUGGGUCAGCACCACAACCACCAUUAAUCGUUUGCCUAAUUACAAGAUGUAGCGCUUUUUAGGUUGAUCUAGCAUUCUGAUUACUUUAACUGAUAUUUUUAUAGCUUGUUAAUGACUGUUUCGGGUCCUCAUGUUGUUUAUGUCGAAAUUUCUAUGUAUCUGUCUAUAUAAUUGUUGAAUGUACAAAAUAUACACAGAUUUAGAAGUAUUGCGGUUUUAGAUGUAAAUCUACGCUUUGAAUAAAUAUUUUGUUCCAAGGA